GUACUCGUUCGUCAUCUUGAGCCUGGCUGCUUGCUCCGAAGUGUUCGGCUUUGUUGUUAUGACGCCACAGGUUUUCCUCAACUAUCGGCUAAAGUCAGUCGAGCAUCUCCCAUGGCGAGCGCUAUCGUAUCAGGCGUGCAACACGUUCAUAGAUGAUGUAUUCACGCUGGUGAUAAGAGUUAUAAUGAGCGAUCAAGGUGGUUGUUCCAUGAGCACUAAGUUUAAGAAGAUCCUAACUGAGACCAACAUCGUACAUGUCCCUCGCACAACAGCUUAA